UUAAAUUACUCCGCUCUACUGAUUCUACGUUUUUAAGGGGCUUAAAAAGUGAGUUAAGUACGCUAAAUACUGUGAGAGUUAAUUUAGUGACUUAAUAGUGCACUUUCACACAGAGUUCUGUACAGCAGGGAUUGGCAGAGACAAUUCUGCCUCUGGGUCAGUAAAUUUAAGCUUACAUAUAAAUUUAUAAAAUAAAACAAACACAAAUUUAUGUCAUCAAGAUGACAUCAGAUCUUCAGGAGACUCCAAACUAUUCAGUGCAUCUCAUCAUAGUAGCUGACUUUUAUGAACUACAACAAUUAUAUUUUAUCAACCUAAUAACUGUGUUCUAAGAUUUUUUUCUUCUCAGGAAAUCUGUUAUCUAUAGAUUUACCCUUGAGCUUGAAACUAACGGGAGCCAGGCGAAAGCAGUAGAUUAACGACACCUAGAAUUGCUGAUUAAAGAUGAGAGCGGCCAGCUAGCUUAGCUGCUUUCGCUAGCAUGAUUUGAUGGAGUCUGACAGGGUUGGAUAACCACGAUGGAGCGGCAGCGAACGACGUUGAUAUAGUAGUUAUAGCCAGAUACAGUGAUGCGUUAAAAGCGGUCGGUUUGGACACAGUAACUGAAGGCGGACAGCAACACGUUAUGCAGUCAUGAAGCGGAUUCGCACUGAGCAGAUCCAGUAUGCCGUGGCUCAGUACCUGAAGAGGAGGCAGUAUGUGGACACUGACGGCUCCCUGAAAGGAGCCAAGCUCUACCAGUCCCCCGAAGAAAUGGCUGCAAGUCUCACGGUGCAGACGGAGUCAGGAUGUUCCAAUGUCGUUUCUGCUGCACCAUGCCAGUAUGACCCACAGCAUUAUGAGAUUCAGUAUUCCAAGCUCCGCGCCUUCCUGUCAGAAGCAGACAUAUCCUGGGCAAAAGAGGUGAGCAGUGUCCUCUAUCCGCUCUUCGUCUACCUCCACCUGGACAUGGUGCGCUUUGGACUGAAGGGGGCUGUGGAUGGUUUUUACAGUCGUUUUCAUGGCGCCUUUCUUCAGGACAGUGAGCAGUGUACCAUCAUAGAGCAGCUCCGCCAUGUCCUCAGUGCACAAGACAUUGUGACCAACCCCAAGCUGAAUGCUUUCUUAGAGCACAAAUAUGUGGUUCACCUGACGGAGCCAGCCUACAGCUACCUGCUGCGUUACCUGCAGAGUGAGGACAACAGCGCCCUCUGUAGGAUCCUCAGUACACACCUGCAGCUGGAGGUCAGUGCCUCGAGGCGGACAGACUACCAGCUCUAUGGAGCUGCUUGCGGGUCGACAGCUUCUCCAAACUCCACCUCCUCCUGGGCCGGAGUGGAUGGAACAGAGAGUGGUGAUGGGGUGGAGGUCCCAGCAGGGAUCCCACAGAAUGAGGCAGCCCUCGAGGCUCUGCAGGACUGCGUCAAGAAAGUCCGUGAGGGACCACCGUCACUCACCACUGUCUGUUUUUACGCCUUCCACCACACGGAGCAGAUGCUGAACACUGCUGAGGUCUCGGCUGACAGUCGGUUGCUGGCCGGUGGAUUUGACACCUCCACGGUAAAGCUGUGGAGCCUCCGUGCCAGAAAGCUUAAGGCCAGACCCCAUCAGGCUGAUGUGUCACACAUCCACCUGGCAUGUGACGUACUGGAGGAGGAAGUAGAUGAAGAGGACAGCUCAGGCAGUGAGAUAAAGACGCUGCGAGGUCACAGCGGCCCAGUUUUUCGUACCGCCUUCCUCACAGACAGCUCCGGCUUGCUCUCGUGCUCUGAGGACACAACCAUCCGCUACUGGGACCUGGGCAGCUUCACCAACACGGUGCUCUACCAGGGGCAUGUCUACCCAGUAUGGGAUGUGGACGUCAGCCCCUGCAGCCUUUACUUUGCCAGUUGCUCUCACGAUCGCACCGCCCGUCUCUGGACGUUCUCCCGGACAUACCCAUUGAGGCUCUAUGCAGGGCAUCUUUCUGAUGUUGACUGUGUGAAAUUCCACCCGAACUCCAACUAUUUAGCCACCGGUUCCACAGACAAGACUGUGCGGCUCUGGAGCACCCAGCAGGGGGCGUCUGUUCGCCUUUUUACGGGCCACCGUGGCCCUGUGCUGUCACUCGCUUUCUCACCGAAUGGCAAGUACUUGGCGUCCGCUGGUGAGGACCAGCGGGUGAAGCUGUGGGAUUUGGCAUCUGGGACUUUGUUCAAAGACCUAAGAGGACACACAGAUAGUGUCACCAGCCUGUCCUUCAGUCCGGACAGCAGCCUAGUGGCAUCUUCAUCUAUGGACAACUCAGUGCGGGUGUGGGACAUCCGCAACUCACACGGUGGGACGUCAGCUGACAGCUCGUCCAGCGAAUUGGUGGGAAUGUACACUGGAAACACCAGCAACGUGCUCAAUGUCCAGUUUAUGGCCUGCAACUUGCUGCUGGUGACGGGAACCGCACAAGAGCAAGCGGAGCAGUAGAUGUAGCUGUCACAUCUGGUGCUCUUUUGGGCGAGAGCUGAAUGUUUCUCUAUGUCUGAAACUCAGGAGCCCGAUCCUUGUUUUGCUCAUUAAUUCUUGGCAUAAAAACAGAGAUACAUGUUUUUGUUUCCUUUCCUUCAAAUUUCAUUCUUCAUGAACUGGCUUUUUUUUUUUUUUUUUUUUUUUUUUUUUUUUUUGAAAUAAAGAAAUAAAUUACCAAAGUGAAUUCAUGAUAUGUCAAUAUUGAAGAAUCUCACAGUUUCUUGUUUAACUGAUGGUCUAAAAAUUGUGAAGUUCUGUUUUUCUGUUGUGAUGUAAAUUCAGGAAAUAUUGUUACUGUUGGAAUAACUGACAUUAUCAGGCAGCUUUACCCCAAAAGAAAACUUUAAUAUUUCAAACCUGAGAGGUGUACAAUAAAGUGCGUUCAACAUUGCCGGACUUUCUUUGGGUUAGGCAGCUAGACAAAGCCUAAACCCAAACCCCAUCUGUCACAAUUCUUUAUCAGCUUUCACUGCUAAUUCAAGCUCUGCUUCUGGUGUUUGACGUGUAUUUUGACUCUUCACAAAAUGAACCAAAUGCUACCUUCUUUAGUCAAAAGGAAUAGGGUAGAUAUUAUUUAUUUGUAAAUAAUAUACAAAGCAAAAUGCUGUUACUGCAAAUAAUAAUAAGAAAACCACUCUUUGUGGUCUCAGUGCAGCCGUGCAUUUGCAGAGUACGACAGCUUCUCAUUGUUACAUUUUAAACCAAAUUAAUUUAAUUUUUUAAGAAGAUCAUUCAGGUCUGAUGGCGAUGUGGAAAUUGCUGAAGAUCUUUGACAAAAUUAAAUGCAGUGACUGAAUACUCUGUGACAACCAGAAAUGAAAAUGAAUGAUGUGUAAAAUUUAGUGAAAAUCAGGACCAAACAAAAGUAUAUAUAUAUCCGCAUUUUCUUUAUCACUAAUUGAAUGCAUGUUACUUCACAUGGCCAUUUGGCACAUAGAUUCUUUACACUCAUCAUAGCGUACCUUUGUUCAGUAAAAUGGAUUUCAGUUGAGUCGAAUCCACGUUGUAAUCACGUAAAUCGCCAUCAGAAGAGCACUGAACAGAACCACCUCCUGCCAAGUUUGUCUUCAGUGCAGUAACUGUAUCAGUGUCUUUGAAGGUAUGAAAGUUUUUUUUACACAGGCAUGCACUUAGUAUAUAGAGUCUGGUAUACUGAGGUGCAUACAUGGGACCAAAAUAAGUUAGGGUAGCUGGCUAUGAAGCGCUUUGCGCCAUAGGUGACAGUGAAAUUUAUUUGCACAUGCUCACAGAGUGUAGUUGUUUUCAGCCACACCCGCUUCUGAACCAACUCGAUGUUUGCAUUGUGGCAGAGCAGGAAAUAAGUUGACACGGCCGCUCUUACUGGCAGAUUGACACUGAAGGCUGGUAAUGGUAGUUUUGUUCUGAAUUUUUGUCUUAAUUCAGAAAGUUUAAUGUCCACAGUAAUUGUGGUAUUUUUUUUAAAGGAAACUAACCUGUGUUCAUGUCCUCUCACAACUGUCUCAUUACCUGAUUUAGGAAGAUGAGAAGUCUGCUGAUUUAUUUGUGUUGAUGUGCUCAAUAUUGACAAAAUGAACGUUACAAAGAUAAUGUUGCUCGGUGUGUUUUAACAUGUAGGUAGAUGCUUCCAGUAAAUAACUAUCAGGCCUCCUGCUAAUAAAUAACUUUCCUAACUAAUCUAGGUCUAUCUACACUGAGAGUAACUAUUGCUUCUAAGAUGUAUUAGGUUAAAGAGAUUUGAUGUCACCAUCCUGAAACCACUCAACAUAAUCGCCCAAUAUUGCUCCUUGUUGGCAGCAGAGACUGGACUGAAAACACAGUUUUUCAUGUUAAAGAAAUGAUUGUGGACUGUUAAGGGUCGUCUCCAGCAUUGCACAUUGUUUAGUGUUCUGUUUGGUUCACAUGUCCAUCACUGGUUGGUAGCUAUAUUGCUAAUGGAAUAACUGUUAUAUUUGUUUUUGUUUUCACUUUUCAGUUGUGAAAUGAGAUAUGGAACUGAUAUCAUGUUUGGCUUUUGGAAUGCUGGUAGACAAGACCACAUUUAUAAAUCCUAUCAAGUUUAAAAAUUGUUACGUUUUAAAGGUUCUUCAGGGACAAGCAAGUUAUUGUGAAUUAACAGCAGAAAAACAUGAUUUUUUUCUUGUUCCACAGCAGCAGGUCGUUUCUGAGUGCCCGCUGUAGCUGUGGGUGUAAAAACUCUCAUUUCUAAGCAUUGAAGGCUGUUUUUUUGGUUUGUUUAUUUUUGGAAAAAAAACAUCUAACUGUGCAAUUCAUAAAAAUUGUAAAUAGACAUUAUUUUUGUAAGCUUUAGGGAGCCUUCCUGGUAAUACAGAUAUUCCUGGGUUAUUUCAUAUAAAGUCUGGUUAGGGUUUGAUGUUUUAUUCAUAAAUCCAGCCUGUAACUUUUCUUUUGGUGGUCACCAAACUUUCUGUUUCCUUUUGUAGUCCAAAACAAGAAAUAACAAUUUCUUUUUAACAA